GUGCACAUGGUUUCAUGUUAUAUGUGACAAUGAUAGUAGUGUAACUCAAGUUCAUCUUGGAGGUGCAUCUUUAUCUGGGCAACUAGUUCCACAGCUGGGACAGCUUAAGAAUUUGCAUUACUUGGAUCUCUCCAGUAACACUAUAAGUGGACCAAUUCCUAGUGAACUCGGAAAUUUGGCAAACUUGGUCAGCUUGGAUCUUUAUUUGAAUAGUUUUACAGGUUCUAUUCCAAAGUCACUGGGGAAGCUGUCUAAGUUGUAUCACCUUUUUGCUAAUAACUUGGACCUAUGUGGCCCUGUUAUUGGGCGCCCUUGCCCAGCCCCAAUUUCUUCUUCAAGUAAUCUUCCUAAUUUCACAACGUUGAACUCGUGUUAAAUGCUUAUAUCAUUUCUGUGCUCCAAGUAGUAUCCAUCAUCCACAGCAUGAUUUGUCAAAUGACUCGCACCUUGUCCCAUUAUUUGGUCUUAAUAAUUUUUAUCUGUGGAGGACAAGUUAUUCAAAGUUUUGCUUAAUAAUUUUUCCAUCAUAUCAAAUUUAGCGAUUGUUGGAGCAAUCUCUGGUGGUGCUGCCUUGCUUUUUAUUGUCCUAGCAAUUGCAUUUGCAUGGUGGCGAUGGAGGAAACCUCAAGAACUUAUCUAUGAUGUACCCGGUUAGUUUUCUUUGGAAAUUCAAUGCAUUCAAGUUCAAUUAAAACAUGGAAACUAACUACCUUCAUCAUACAUUUCCGCCUCUAUGCGGAUGAAGGGGAUCCAGAAGUCCAUCUGGGGCAGCUUAAAAGGUUUUUGCUGCGAGAAUUACAAGCUGCUACAGGUAAUUUUAGCACAAAAAACAUUCUGGGUAGAGGUGGAUUUGGAAAAGUUUACAAAGGAUGCUUAGCAGAUGGUUCACUUGUGGCUAUAAAAAGACUAAAAGAUGCGCAUACACCUGGUGGUGAGCUGCAGUUUCAAACAGAAGUGGAAAUGAUCGGCAGGGCUGUGCACCCAAAUCUCUUAAGGCUGCGAGGCUUUUGUAUGACUCCAAAAGAACGAUUACUUGUAUACCCCUAUAUGGCUAAUGGAAGUGUAGCAUUAUGUUUAAGAGAGCAUCCUCCAUCGCAACCUCCUCUUGAUUGGCCAAGUAGGAAGCGAAUUGCAUUGGGAUCUGCUAGGGGUCUGUCAUAUUUGCAUGAUCACUGUGACCCAAAGAUCAUUCAUCGUGAUGUGAAAGCUGCAAAUAUCUUGUUGGAUGAGGAGUUUGAAGCUGUUGUUGGGGACUUUGGGUUGGCUAAACUAAUGGACUACAAGGAUACCCAUGUAACUACUGCUGUGCGUGGCACAGUUGGACAUAUUGCUCCAGAGUACAUCUCUACUGGGAAAUCUUCGGAGAAAACUGAUGUUUUUGGAUAUGGGAUUUUGCUUCUAGAACUUAUAACUGGGCAGCGGGCCUUUGAUGUUGCUCGGCUUGCAAAUGACAAUGAUGUCAUGUUGCUUGAUUGGGUGAAAGGACUUCUUAAUGAGAAGAAGUUGGAAAUGUUGGUAGACCCUGAUCUCCAAAACAAAUAUGUAGAAUCUGAGGUUGAGCAGCUAAUCCAAGUUGCAAUGCUAUGCACACAAGACUCUCCCAAGGACCGACCUAAGAUGUCAGAAGUAGUGAGAAUGCUUGAAGGGCAUGGUUUGGCGGAGAGGUGGGAUGAGUGGCAAAAGGUGGAAAUUCUCCAGCAAGAGGUCAAACUCGCCUCUCACCCCAAUAUUAACUGGAUCGCUGACUCAACAGAAAAUCUACAUCCAGUUGAGUUAUCCGGUCCAAGGUAACCAUGGCACAGCAACAGUAAAGAGAGGAAAGUUACUAGUUUUUUUUUUUUUUUUGGUUAUUUAGUGAUUGUGAACUGUUUUAUAUCUAAGCUCCUUUACAUUUGUGCACAUGAGUCAUCUUUGUCGAGGUCCAAUUUGUAUCUUCUACUGCAAUUUGACAGGGUCAAUAGACAUUCAUGUAUAUUUACAACUGGGGCAUGCAGCAGAUUCUAUUAGCAUCACAUUUGCCCAAUAAAGCUGAAUUAAUGUUUUCCUAAAGAAAAUUGAGUUUUAAUUGGUUUUGUUUGGGGAUUGAGUGGCUUGCCAGUGUGAAGUCUCAGGGUGAGUUUUAUAAUGGAGAGGAAAGGGGAGUUUAGGGCUUUGGUUUUCCUGGGGUUGAUCUUGCUGGUGCAUCCAUUAUGCCUUGUCUCUGCUAACAUGGAAGGUAAGUGUGUAUUUGUUUUUCUUGGUGUUUGUAUCCGCUUCUUGCAAUCAAGGACAGAGGAUACU